CUUGCCAAAAAAUCCUGGUUCGGUAACUUCAUCAACCUGGAUAAAGAGGAACAGAUCUUUAUCUUGAUCAAAGACAAGCCUCUGAGCUCUAUCAAGGCUGACAUCGUCCAUGCCUUUCUCUCAGUACGUACACCCUCUCUACCCCUUUCUCUCACUCCUUCUUUUUGCUCUCCUCCCUCUUUAGUUUCUCUCUCUCUCCUUCCUCAAACCUUUCUCUCGGUGUGCCCUCUUACUCUACCUCUCCAUGUCUCUUUCCCUCUCCUUUACUGAUUUUAUUUUCUGCUCUCUGCCACUUCUCAUUCAGUCAUUCACCACAUUUUCUCACUCCUACUUUGCUAUCCUGCCUCCUUCCUUCUCUCCGGCCUCCCUACCUCUCCAUCCUCACUCUCACUCCCCUCCACUCUGCUCUCCCUCUCUCUCCUCCUCUCCUCUUAUUCCCUUCUUCUCCUUUCUACAGAAUGUAUUUCCUAUAUCAUUAUGGAUAUACACUGAGUGUACAAAACAUUAGGAACACCUGCUCUUUCCAUGACAUAGACUGACCAGGUGAGUCCAGGCGACUGCUAUGAUGCCUUAUUGAUGUCCACUUCAAUCAGUGUAGAUGAAGGGGAGGAGACAGGUUAGAGAAUAUAUUUUAAAACCUUGAAACAAUUGAGACAUGGAUUGUGUAUGUGUGCCUUUCAGAGGGUGAAUGGGCAAGACAAAAUAUUUAUGUGCCUUUGAACGGGGUAUGGUAGUAGGUUGCCAGGCGCACCGUUUCGAAUGUGUCAAGAACUGCAACUCUGGUGGGUUUUUCACGCUCAACAGUUUCCCAUGUGUACCAAGAAUGGUCCACCACUCAAAGGACAUCCUGCCAACUUGACACAACUGUGAGAAGCAUUGGAGUCAACAUUGGCCAGCAUCCCUGUGGAACGCUUUCGACACCUUGUAGAGUCCAUGCCCUGACAAAUUGAGGCUGUUCUGAGGGCAAAAGGGGAUGCAACUCAAUAUUAGGAAGGUGUUCCUAAUGUUUUGUACAUUCAGUGUAUAUGCGUGUGUUGCAGGUAUGUUGCAGUUUAGCCCCAAUACCUGCUAUCAGCCUAAGAAGGUAUUUUACCAUUAUAACACCAAUGUUGAUUGGUUUAGCCUAGAGGCGCGUGUGUGUGCGCGGAUCUGUGAGUGUGUACGUGCAUAUGUAUGUGUGUGCGCAUGUGUACAUGUGUGAGUGUGUUUGUGUGUGCUUACAUGUUUCUGAUUUAUCUAGCCAUUCAGUAAGCUGAUUGUGUUGCUAUCCCUCCCAUUUUCCUUCUGAAUGGCACUCUGUAGUCCAGGGGGAUGUCCCAAAUGGCACCCUUUCCCCUACAUAGUGCACUACUUUUGACCAGAGCGCUGUGGGUCCUGGUCAAAAGUAGUGCACUAUAUAGGGAAUAGGGUGGUAUUUGGGACGCAUACCAAGUCAAUAGAAAUCAACAAGGACCACUGAUCAUUAGCAUAUAGAUGCUUUGCCCCGAAUGCCGUGUAUCGAGGAGAUGUGUGUGUGUGUGUGCGUGCGUGUGUGUGCAUGUUUGUGUGUGUGUGUGUGUGAGACUACAGGCAGCAUUGAGGUCUCUCUCUCUCUCUCUCUCUCUCUCUCUCUCUCUGUGCUUCACUGCAUCUCCAAAGCCAGUGAGUGAAUAGUAAAAGACGGUUUUCAGUGCAAGCCAACAGAGAAGCACAUUUAACAUUUUACUCACAGCUUUAACAAGGUCUUAUAGCAAAUGGAAACUCUUGCUCCACUGUAGGUCAAUGGCAAACGAAUCUUCUAUUCCUAAGAGGUAGCUAUUUUCUCCCCUAGCAUAUGCUUGUUGUCCUAGACAGUAGAUUGGCACCUGAAUAGGUGUGAUUAUACUCCUCAGCACUCUAGCAUUAAUCAAACUCUUGGCAGCAGUUUAGUGAAACAUGACAAUUUGGGAUAGAGCUGAGUGUUGGCGGGGUUGACUGAAGCAUUAGCCUGAAGUUGCGUUCCAAAUGGCAUCCUAUUCCCUAUAUGGUGCACUACUUUUGACAAGAGCCCUAUGGGCCCUGUUCAAAUGUAGUGCACUAUAUGAAAUAGGGUGCCAUUUGGGAUGCAGAUAACGUCACUGUCAGAUGUACUGACAUUGUAAUCUGGUUAGAGUUUAAUCUGUGCUUGGUUGCAUCAGGGUAAUUUGAAUGACGUUUUAUUCAACCUGUCAUUUAUAUAAGAGGUAUGUGGCAAAAAGCUGAAAGUAAUUCUCGAUUUGUAAUCGCUUCACUCAAUUGAGCGAGUGAGUCGUUCUCUGUGACACUUUCUCCCUCUCUCUAUAUGCUCCUCACUCUCUAUUCCCUCUCUCUGAUUCUCUAUCCCUAUUUCUUUCCUCAGGAGCCACACAAUGUCUCUCUCCACCUCUUCCUCUCUCUGUUUCUCUCCCCCAUGUAUUUAUUCAUUUUAUUUUAGUCAUUUUAGCAGAUCUCUCUCUCUCACCCUCCCUCAACUCUCUCUCCUUUUCUUCAGUCUCUCUUUCCUCUCUCUCUUCUUGAUUCCCCCUUGUAUUUCUUAUCUCUUGAUUCAGAAUGUCCACUUCAUAACUAUAAAAUAAAACUAUAAAAAAUAUGUAUCGCUCUUCCAGAUCCCCAGUCUCAGCCACAGUGUGAUCAGCCAGACGAGUUUCCGGGCAGAGUACAAGUCCACAGCCGGCCCCACGGUCUUCCAGAAGCCAGUCAAGUUCCAGGUGGACAUCACCUACACAGAGAGCACUGCCGCCACCAAGGGGAACGGCAUCUACUCUGUCACCUUCACCCUGCUCUCAGGUACACGGACAUGCACAAGCAUGCAUGCACACAUACACUCAUGCACACAAACACGCGCACACAGGCAGGUAUUUAGACACACAUGCAGGCAAGCAACACACACACAAGGACAGAUAAAGACAGCACACACACACACACACGCGCAGGGAUGCACACACACAUGCAGACAAGCACAAACACACGUGUGUUUGUGUGCACAUGUUUGUGUGUGCAUGUAUGUGUGUGUUUGUGUCUUUCACAGUGUGUGUGUGUGCUCCAUGGGACCAGAUUGGAGGGAGAGGACACUUUCCCUGGUACUAAUCAUAGGCCAUUUGGAUCCCGCUGCUUUUCUGAUGGUAGUGGUUACAGGAGACCGCACGCAGCCACACUCUCUUUUUCCUCUCCAUGAUCUAUCCUAACACUCCUCCCUCCUCCUCCACUCUAACCCCCUUGUUUUCUUACACUCCUCCCUACUCUUUCCCUCUCCUCUUUUGACCCCUCCUUUGUUUUUUCCUAUUCCUUUCCUUCCUUCCUUUUCCUCUUCAUUCCUUUCUCCUUUUUUCUCCGCUUUCUGUCUUUCUCUGCUUUCUGUCUUUCUCUUAAUUUGUCUCCUACCCUGUUCGGCCUUUUUCAUGUUCCUGUGUACCUUUGUGUGUGUGUGAGUACAGAAUGACUAACCUGGUUCUCCCCUUGUCUAUUGCAAUCAUGUGUUUGUGUGCCUGCGUGUGUGUGUGUGUGUGUGUGUGUGUGUGUGUGUGUGUGUGUGUGUGUGUGUGUGUGUGUGUGUCUGUGUGUGUGUGUAGGACCCAGCCGGCGCUUCAAGCGGGUGGUAGAGACGAUUCAGGGCCAGUUGCUAAGCACACAUGACCAGCCAGGAGUUCAGCAGCUUUCUGGUGAGUUGAAUACCUCCCAACCCCCCUCCCUUACCAAAACCGGCCUCGCCCUCUCCUCCUACAACCCCUCACUGCUAAAGCUAAAC